UUCGCUCUCCUCCGUUUUGACAGAUCGAAAGCACAUGCAUGCUAUUCAACAUCGGUAUUUUAUGUUUUCACAACAAUGCACGUUGCUUUUAUUUUGAUUAUUUGAACAAGGUUUGAUUUAGCAUUGAAAAUAUUGACGGAGAUUAUUAAGACAAAAUGGCCAACACAUUUGAAUCACUUGGAAUUGUUCCAUGGAUUGUGCGACAAACGACCAAUUUGGGUUUGAAAAAACCAACACCCAUUCAAACGAAUUGUAUUCCACAAAUUUUGAACGGAUUGGAUUGUAUUGGAGCUGCCAAGACUGGAUCUGGAAAAACGUUUGCCUUUGCAUUGCCAAUUUUACAAAAACUAAGCGAAGAGCCAACACAUCAUUUUGCAUUGAUUUUAACACCAACACAUGAGCUUGCCUAUCAAAUUUCGGAACAAUUUUCGGUUGUCGGCCAAACGAUGGGUGUUCGUGUGUGUGUUGUGGCCGGUGGCACGGAUCAAAUGAUUGAAAGUCAAAAACUACAGAAUCGUCCACAUAUUGUUGUCGCAAUGCCCGGUCGAUUGGCUGAUCAUCUAACUGGUUGUGAUACAUUCGAUUUUGAUAAUCUAAAAUUUUUAGUUGUGGACGAAGCCGAUCGAAUGUUGGGCGGUGCAUUUGACGAGCAUCUUGCCAUCAUUGAAGAGCGUUUGCCAAAAGAACGUCAAAAUUUAUUCUUUUCGGCUACGCUCAAUGAUUUUCUUAAAGAAUCAAGCAUUUUUCCCAUUUCCGAUACGGCAUUUGAAUGGUCUGAACAAUCAGAGGUGGCAACCGUCAACACACUCGAUCAACGCUAUAUUUUGUGUGCCGAUUAUGAUCGUGAUAUGGUUUUGAUUGAAGCACUUCGAAAAUAUCGCGAAGAACAUGAAACGGCCAACGUUAUGAUUUUUACAAAUACGAAAAAAUGUUGCCAGUUGUUGUCAAUGACUUUAAAUGCGGUUGGUAUCGAAAAUGUUUGCCUGCAUGGAUUUAUGCGUCAACGUGAACGUGUUGCUGCAUUGAAUAAAUUUAAAUCGAAUCAUAUUCGGACAUUAAUUGCAACCGAUGUGGCAAGUCGUGGCCUUGAUAUAUACAACGUGCAAUUGAUCAUGAAUCAUCGUUUGCCAAAACAAGCCAAUGAAUAUAUUCAUCGUGUUGGCCGGACGGCACGUGCUGGCCGAAGUGGUUUGGCCAUUUCAAUUUUUCGUUUUCCACGUGAUUUGGAAUUUUUAUCGGACAUUGAAACAGCGAUUAAUACAAAACUCACCGAACAUCCAAUCGAUCAAAAAAUGGUCGAACGCAUUUUCAUGCAAGUCAAUGUUUCGCGACGCGAAUGUGAAAUGCAAUUGGACAAUAAAGAUUUUGAUGAACGUGCGCACAAUUAUCGACGCAAAAAGUGGAUUGAAAAUGGUGACGAUCCGGAUGAAAUGGAAAACAAAUGGAAAGUCGAACAAAAAGCCAAACAAAGACAACGAAAAAAGGCCGAAAGAGAGUAUUUGGCGAAGAAAAAAGCGGAAAAAGAAGCUAAGGCAUCGGCAAACAAUGCAUUGAUCGAUGAACGCUUUGCAAAUAUUGAUAAAGAAAAAUUCGAAAAAAAGAAAAAAUCGAAAAACGUCGAUACUAAGUCAAAUGACAGUCAAAAGAUAGCGAAAAUUAUGAAGAGUCCAUUGAAAAUUAGCACCAAAUCGAAACAAAUUGCAAAGACAAAACGAAAAACAUAAUUUGUAAUUAUUUACAGCAUUUGGUAAUGCUGAGUUUUUAUUUGUUUCACUUACAGUAAAAAAAAAACAAUAUUUAAAUAAAAUUCCAAUUUAGCACUUAGAUCUUGUA